AUGGCUGUCCUGUCACUAGCGUUGCUUCUUGUAGGAUUUAUAGUGACUUCAGCUGACAAGGCUGGUGAAAAAGACAAAAAGGAGGAUGAACUAAAGAGCAGGUUGACGGAAUAUGGCCUGGUUACUCCCUUCAGCACCGAUUCUCACGGACAUUACCUGUCACACUUGCUGUCCGCCACUCACAAGCAGCGUGUAAAGAGGGAGGUGUUUUCUUCCAGUGAAUCCGAGCAGAAGCUUUUCUUCAACAUCACCGCUUUCGGUAAAGAGUUCCACCUCCGCCUUCACCCGAACAACAGGCUGGUGGCGCCGGGAGCGAUGGUGGAGUGGCAUGACGAGGUCCAAGGCUUUGGGAAUGUCAGCGAAAUCAUGAGCGACGCCGGCGGCGAUGGCGCCAACCAGACUGAACCGAGCGGCAUGACGGAGAGGAUACUUCGCCGUGAGCUGCUAAAGACAGACUGCACCUUUAUCGGUGACAUCACAGACGUCCCCGGGGCCUCGGUUGCCAUUAACAACUGUGACGGAUUGGCUGGGAUGAUCCGCACCGACUCGGACGAGUACUUCAUCGAGCCGCUGGAGAGAGGCACCCAGGAGCUGGAGGACCAGGGCAGAGUCCAUGUAGUUUACCGCAGGUCGGCUGUGCUGAAAGACCCCUCCGACAUCUCUGUGGACUACCAGCAACAAGGACCAGAGCUGGAUGUUCCCGGAGCUCUCGACUCUGUAGCCAAGCAGGUGAACGAGACAGUCCGACGCCGCCGACGCCGCGAUGCCGGAGAAGAUGACUACAACAUAGAAGUCCUGCUGGGAGUUGAUGACUCUGUGGUUCGUUUUCACGGAAAGGAGCAUGUGCAGAAUUACCUCCUCACUCUCAUGAAUAUCGUGAAUGAGAUUUACCACGAUGAGUCGCUGGGAGUCCACAUCAACGUGGUCCUGGUCAGGAUGAUCAUGCUCGGGUAUGCCAAGUCCAUCAGCCUCAUUGAAAGAGGCAACCCGUCACGGAGCCUGGAGAAUGUGUGCCGCUGGGCAUUUGUGCAGCAGAAAGGCGACCCUGAUCAUGCUGAACACCACGACCACGCAAUUUUCCUCACUCGCCAAGGUUUUGGCCCCACAGGGAUGCAGGGUUACGCUCCAGUCACAGGAAUGUGCCACCCAGUCCGCAGCUGCACCCUCAACCACGAAGACGGCUUCUCCUCAGCCUUUGUUGUGGCUCACGAGACUGGACAUGUGUUGGGCAUGGAGCACGACGGCCAAGGUAACCGCUGCGGGGAUGAAACAGCCAUGGGAAGCGUGAUGGCUCCUCUGGUGCAGGCGGCCUUCCACCGAUACCAUUGGUCCAUGUGCAGCGGACAGGAGCUCAAGAGAUACAUCCACACAUAUGACUGUCUCCUUGACGACCCCUUCAAACACGACUGGCCGCAGCUUCCUGAACUCCCUGGCAUCAACUACUCCAUGGAUGAGCAGUGUCGAUUUGACUUUGGCGUGGGCUAUAAGAUCUGCACUUCAUUUCGUACAUUUGACCCUUGUAAACAGCUCUGGUGCAGUCACCCAGACAACCCAUACUUCUGCAAAACCAAGAAGGGUCCGCCUCUUGAUGGAACUGAAUGUGCUCCAGGAAAAUGGUGCUACAAAGGUCACUGCAUGUGGAAAAAUCCAAAUCAGGUCAAGCAAGAUGGCGCCUGGGGCUCCUGGAGCAAAUUUGGCUCCUGUUCUCGCUCUUGUGGAACCGGCGUUCGCUUCCGGACACGUCAGUGCAACAACCCAGCUCCCUCCAACGGUGGCCAGGACUGCCCGGGAGUAAACUACGAGUAUCAACUCUGCAACACUGACGACUGCCCAAAACACUUUGAGGAUUUCCGAGCCCAGCAGUGCCAGCUCCGAAACUCUCACUUUGAGUUCCAAAAUGCCAAACACCACUGGCUUCCCUAUGAGCAUCCCGACGCCAACAAGAGGUGCCAUUUGUACUGCCAGUCAAAGGAGACCGGAGACGUGGCGUAUAUGAAGCAGCUGGUGCAUGAUGGGACACGUUGCUCCUAUAAGGAUGCCUAUGAUAUCUGCGUGCGUGGAGAAUGUGUGAAAGUUGGCUGUGACAGAGAAAUCGGCUCCAACAAAGUGGAGGACAAAUGUGGCGUUUGUGGUGGGGACAACUCACACUGCCGCACCGUUAAAGGAACCUUCACCCGAACACCAAAGAAAGCUGGGAAGACCAGAGGAGCCUUCUCUUUGCCCAAAGGAGCUCGAAAUGUGUUUUUAAAUGAAUCGGAAGACUUUAGAAAUGUACUUGGUUACCUUAAGAUGUUUCUCAUUCCUCCUGGAAGUAGACAUGUGAUCAUCCAAGAACAUGAGGCCUUCCCUCAAAUUCUUGCAAUCAAGAACCAGGCAACAGGGCAUUACAUUCUCAACGGGAAGGGAGAGGAUGUCAAGUCCAGAAGCUUCAUUGACUUGGGCGUGGAGUGGCACUACAUCAUCGAAGACGACGUGGAGACUCUGCACACUGAUGGACCUCUGCAUGACCCCGUGGUGGUCCUGAUAAUACCCAAGGACAAUGAGACACGAUCUACAUUAAUGUACAAGUACAUCAUCCAUGAAGAUUCAGUGCCUGUCAACAACAACAACGUCCUCCAGGAGGAUACAUAUGAGUGGGCUCUGAAGAGCUGGUCUCCGUGUUCCAAGCCUUGUGCCGGAGGGUUUCAGUACACCAAAUACGGCUGUCGAAAGAAGGGUGAUACCAAAAUGGUCCAUCGAGGCUACUGCGACGCCAGCAAGAAACCAAAACCAAUCCGCAGAAUGUGUAACCUUCAGGACUGCACACAACCUCAAUGGAUCUCAGAGGAAUGGGAGUAUUGUACCAAAACCUGCGGCAGCCUGGGUUUUCAGAUCCGGACUGUUCGCUGCGUUCAGUUUCUCCACGACAGCACCAACCGCUCCGUCCACAGCAAAUACUGCAGCGGAGAGAAGCCAGAGAGCCGGAGACCCUGUAACAGAGUCCCCUGUCCUGCUCAGUGGCGAACUGGAGCCUGGUCAGAGUGCUCGGUGACCUGUGGCGAGGGCAUGGAGAGGCGUCUGGUCACUUGCCGGAUCGGAGACCAAUGUAACGGAGACAAACCUGAAAAUGUAAGACCGUGCAGACCAGGACCUUGCCACGAUGAGCCAUGCAAUGGAGACAAGUCCAUCUUCUGCCAAAUGGAGGUCCUAGCACGUUACUGCUCUAUCCCAGGCUACAACAAACUGUGCUGCGACUCCUGCCACAAGCGUAACGGAGCGAUGUCUCUGUUUUCCGAGGCAGCCGAGACAGAAGAGCAUAUCCGCUUUGGAUCGGCCUCCCAGCUGCUAGAGACAUUAACGGCCUCUGUAGCAGCCAAUGGUACACGCAGUGGUAAACAAGGCUCAGGCAAAGGAUCUGCAACAUCAGGCAAUGCUGCAAAACACAUCACCACCCCUGCACCGCUCAAGAAAAGCACAUCAAAGAUCACAGCGGCACCGAGGCGGGUUCCACGGCACAUGGGACUCACUGGCAGGAAGCUGCCCGUCAUGGCACCUUCUCCCCUGGAAGAUCCUGCUGAGGGUCAAAGGUCAAGCAGCUUCACAGAUAGUCAAUGGCCUAGAGUACACUCUGAAGUGGAGCGAUGAAAGUGACACCUUCGUCUUCAGGACUCUAAAUGUACAGUAGA